AUGGAGAGUUCCAGUUCAAGUCAGCCAACUGAAAGUCCCAGUUCGAGUCAGCCAACGACAUCAGCACCGUCAAGUUCGAGAUUGGCUAUUAACCGAAGAAGACAGCAGGGGAAUCCGAUCCUAAAAUAUCUGCGUAAUGUAACCUUUGAAUGGGCUGAAAUCAAGGCGGAUUUUGAAGCCGGCAAAGAGAUGGGUAUUCUGUAUUUGAGUCUAAAAUGGCACAAACUUCACCCGAACUACAUUGAGACACGCAUGAAUAACGAUGGUACUGGAUACGCAAUCAAGGUUCUGUUGGUGCUUGUGAAUGUGGAACCGCGACAUAUUCUUCGUGAAUUAAAUUUGUUUUGCUACCGUACUGGCUGGACUCUCGUGCUGUGCUAUUCCGCCGAGGAAGCUGCAGAGUAUCUUGAAAAUUUGCACAUAUCAAGGUAUAAAAAUGAGCAGUGCGCGGUAAAUGCGAUACAGGAACGAAAAAGAAAGCGGCUGGGAUUGGCUGAGAAUUAUGACGAAUUUAAUCAGGCUGUAUCAUUUCUCACAGCGAUCCGAUCCGUGACAACAACAGAUGCGCAACGCCUGCUGGCUACAUUUGGUAGUGUUCGAAAGAUAGCAAAUGCAGACAUUGAUCGCCUGCUACUUUGCCCCGGUCUGGGACCGACAAAAGCCGGCAAAAUUCAUGCCUUUUUCCGGGCAUCCUUUCGAAGAAUGUGA